CAUUCAUUGUUAUGCAGUAAGGUAAAUGAGACAAAGCACGAAGAAAAAGUUAAAAGAGAAAACCGUUUUGGGGAAGAUGAUGGAAGAGCAGAACAUACGAAGGUAACAGUCGAAGAUGAUAAGAAGUGCGGUUAUGAACGAUUGCCACUGGAGGAAAGGAACAAACUUAUGAAUGAAGUAAUUCCUGCUGCUAUCAAACUGCACAGGGAUCGUCUGCUUGUUCGUCCUGUGAGUGGAAAGUUGAAGGUGCCUGAGUUUAAAGAUGAAGCUUGCGACUUUUUUACUGUACCGAAAGAGCACCGCGAUGUGGGUGUUGAUGCUGACUUUGUACUCUACGUAAUUGCCACAAAAACGACGUUCGGUUAUACUUGUGCCUGGGAUUCAACAGGUCGUCCAAUUGUAGGAGCAGUGAGUUACGCUUCCGAAUCACAUGUUGGGUUGCGAUUGAGAGUUCGUCGUGUUGCGCACGAGAUUGCACACGCACUGGGAUUCAGUUUUCGUGAGAUGGGGAAGAAAGGAAUUAUGUUCGAAGAAGAACUCGAAGGUGUGCGUAUGAGGAGGUUCGUGAACUCCACAGUAACGGUGAAAAAAGCACAAAAACACUACAAUUGUCCUACGUUAAAGGAAAUGAAUCUGGUGUACAAUGAAGAGGGGGGCGUCCAACCGAUUUGGCUCAGGCGUAUUGCGAAGGAUGAAUUGAUGGCAUUGCCGACUGAUGAACACAGUGCCGGCUACUACACAGCACUGACCAUGGCAUUGUUUGAGGAUCUGGGUUACUACAGGGCCAACUGGGGAAUGGAGGAACAAAUGAGCUGGGGGAAUCAGAGUGGAUGUGCCUUUCUCGAGGAGGAUUGCGGGAAGAAACAUAAUGAUUUCAUUAAUGAUGUUUUCGAUGGCAAAACUGUUUUUCGAUGCACGUCGGACCGCACUGCGUACGGUACUGCGGCUUUGGUGGACAAGGGUUUUCAGGCAGAAUAUCAGCGCAUCUGUAAAGUAAAUGAGAAUUAUAUUACACAUGAAAUUGCACAGAACCCUUCUUAUUGUACUGAUGAGAGUGACACCAGUACAGCCACAGGAUCACUUAAGGGCCCUAAUUCUUGGUGCCUGGAUGGUGAAGAACUGGAAGUUAAGGACACUGAAAGUACAUUUUCGAACGUGAAUGGUGUGUGUGCGCUGGUGUCGUGUGAUGCGAAAAGUAAAAAAGUGAGUGUGAAAUACAAAGGUAACCAAGACAAAUGGCACGACUGCCCCGAAGGUGAGUCCAUCCAAGCAAACUCACCUACGUUCAAAAGCGGUGGUAAGAUCAAGUGUCCCAAGUACGAUGAGGUGUGUACUGUUGCCUCCAACGGCAGCAGUCUUGUUCCAUUUGUUAACCCACAUCAACCAUCAGCAGCAUCAGCAGGACCUACAUCUCUGCAGAGAGGUCGGGAAGAUAACGGUACCACUAUCAAUACACGCGGCAGAAGGGAUACUACUGGUGUUACUUCUUCCACAACUUCCAAUAACACUCAGGAUGCUGCCGCUACAGGUGCGUCCUCACCAAGUGGAAAAGAGAAUGCAAACAUCAAUGAUCCGUCAAAAUAUCCAGGGGUUGUGAGUCAAGCUCAAAUUAACAAUAUGCAGAACGAGUCAAAACUUGUAAUUGAACUUGGUAAAGAUGACGCUCUUUCUGCAGUUUGCUCUCUUCCCAUCAUGAUUGUCACCAUGGUUCUUGCUGUGGUGCUGUCUUGCUGA